ACAUGAGGCAUUCAACUUUAUGGCAUAGCACAACAAAUUUCAUACACAAUUAUUUGGACUGCCGCUCCAUAAACAUCUACAUGUACUUGGGUGUUUGUGUGAUACUUUUUGAUUGUCCGUAAGCAUGUUUUAGUCUUUUGAGUAGUUAAACAUUUGUGAGAUCGUUUUUGUGUGAAUCCCGAAGAGAUGUUUUAACGCUCGAAUCAAUACGCGCACAAUUCGAUAGCAAAUAUGCCGUAUGCCUAGUUAUGUGAAGUGGUUCCUCGAUGGAUGUGAUCUCCUUGUUUCGACUCCUGCUGCAGGCUGUGUUGCAGUCCGUGUUCCAGUUCGUGCUGCAGCUUGUGUUGCAGCCCCUGCAGCAAUCCCAUCUAUAUGUGUUCUUGCAGUCCGUGUUGCAACGCGUGCUGCAGCCCCUGCUGUACCACGUGCUGCUCACAAUGCUGCUGUUAUCCAUGCUAAUGCAGGAGGCUCGAGGAGUACUCACACCCUGCCAUGAAGAUAUACUUCACAAUCAUAUGUGUAGAUACUCGCGUAAGAUUACGACAUUGGACUUGAACAAUGCUAACUGAACAUAUAUGGACAUAUAACUAAAAAUUCUUUUCUGUAACUAAUUAAAAAGAAAAUAAAUACAAAAUAAAUAAUAAUUAUCAAUAA